CUGGUCUCGUCGGUCUCGCGCCUGUAUCGGCGCGGUCGGAUGACUCAAGCUGAAUAUGGGCGCCGUUCAGAUCUGCACCGUGGUGGUCGUUUUGAGAAAUUGGAAGGCCCUUUUGGUCAUCCUCGACAUGAGGGACGUUGUUAUACAAGGACGCCAUUUCUUCCUCCUCAUCUCCUUGAAACCCUGUCCUUUUUUCUGCUCCUUCUUCCUGUCAUCUGUUUUCUUCCCUUCGUCAAGCCAUGGAGUCGUCUGAUCUGAAGCACCGAGUCCGAGAUGAGUCGCGCCUGUCGAGCGGCGACGUCAGAAGCAAGAACCCGAGAGCCAACAAGAUGGCGCUGGCCAAGAGAGGCCUGCGCUCUCUUGCCGUGGCCGUGGCGAUACCCUUCCUGCUAGGUUGCGUCAACCUCCGACUGGGUGACCGCCAUCUCCGCGACAGAUCGGUUUGGUGUCCGGUUUGGCUCCACGACUUCGGUUGGCUGGUCUCGUGCGCCACCAUGGGUCUCUCCUCGUGGCUCGUCUGGGUGGAGGGCGGCUUGCAGCAGCAGUCCGGCGCCCUGUCAGUGUACGCGGCAGAGCUCGGACUCAGCUUCGUCUGGGCGCUGGCUUUUGGCUUCGGCGCGACACGCUUUGCGUUCGCGAUUUCCCUUUUGCUCGUUGGCCUAGCUGUCGUAUGCUACCGGAGCUUCCGAUCGGCCAAUCCGAUCGCCGGCGAUCUCGUCAAGCCUUACUUGUUCUGGGUUGCUUUCGUGGCGUUUGUGAAUUAUAGGCUCCUUUGAUCUGAAUUGGUAGUGCUUGCUGGUUUACGUAGACGUGUAAAUUUUUCAGGUCGUCUGUGUUGUUGCUAUACGGUUUCACGGAUGAAUUGGUGGUGUUGGCUAGGUAGGUAUGUAAAUUUUGAGAUCCAGUGCGUCAUUUCUCUUUUCUUUCAGUGUUAUAUAAAUGGCGGUGGAAUGUUGAAUCAUGGAUGUGGACGUACUUAGGAUAAAUCCUUGCUGGUAAAUGAUGUCAGCUAGAAAUAUGUAAUUUUGAGUUGAAAGGGUGAUAUCGAUUUUCGUUGUUGUAGUUUUA